CCAGUGAACGACGGCGGAGCGACCGGGGGCUGCCGGCUUUGGGCAGCGGCAAUUCUUCUCCUUGUCCCCUCGGCGGGAUGGAGCAGAGGCUGGCCGAGUUCCGGACGAAUCGCCGCAUUUCCAGCCCCCCGACUCGCACUGCAACCUCUUCGGGAAAACCUGCCGCCACUGUGGCCGGGGACCAGGCCUCAGCCCAGGCUCCGACGGAGGAAUCCAGUCAAAAAUCAGAAAGCCAUGAGGCCCACGUCAUUACAUCUCCUCUGCCAUGGUGGACCCAUUAUAUACUAAAGAAUGAAAUCUUUCUCAAGUUUCUUCUCUGGUUGGUCCUACUUGGACUGUUUGUGGAACUGGGUUUUGGUUUGCCCUAUUUUGUCCUGUCUAUGUUUUAUUGGAUCUAUGUAGGAACUCGUGGUCCUAGGGAAAAGCAGCCUGGAGAAAAAAGUGCAUAUUCUGUAUUUAAUCCUGGCUGUGAAGCUAUCCAAGGAACCCUCACAGCAGAACAGUUUGAGAGGGAAUUACAGUAUCGGCCUUUAAUUGAGAGAUAAAUAGGACUACAAUUCAUUAUUAUGUACUUAACUUGCCCAUGAAUUUCAGUGAAUAAUUUGUCUGUUCAAUUUGUUGUGAUAUUCUGCAACUUUUUGGUUUUUUUUUAAAAAAAGACCUGUAGUUGUGCAUCCUGUUUGUAGUGUUAAGAGAAAGGAUGGUUAUGUAAAGACGUAGCCAAACAUCCAUUGUUAAGCUCUUUGAACACCUGGAUAGACAAAUAAAAUGAAGAAAAACUUAUCCAGAUGUGUGUAUGUUUCUAAUGAGAAGAACGCUUGGAAACAAUGCCAUACCUAUAACUAUUAGGAUACUGGACCCUAAAAAUUGCAAACGUGUUACUUGCUCCAUUUUCUCACAAAGCAGCCUAAGAGUAUUCAACAAACUUUCUUUGACUUUGAAGUAGAGGGUUUAAUAUAGACUAGUUCACAAAUUAAGCUAGGUUAUAUUGUAGAGUUUAGCUUAGUAUGUUAAAUAAACUCAAUUUUAGAGUCAGCCCAUCAGGGCAUUUUUUUAAGUCCCCGUGAUUUCAGUAUGUUUACUUGAAGUAUUAAUUUAUCUAGAUUCAGUUUAGUGUUUCAUAAUGUACUGUAUAUCCAUACUGUGCCAUCUAAAUAUAGUAUCU